CAGGUAUAAGCCAGCCGCUUUCUCUUACCACUGCAAAUCAGAAAUUCUCUUCCUCUUCCAGACGCUAAGUUUUGUGUAUAUAUUGAUCCACUACAAAUAUUAGUUUUCACAUUAAUUUGGAAUUAAGUGUUGAGUUUAAUUUCAAUGGAGGAAGUUGAAAUAGAAGUACCUCAGUAUUUCAUAUGUCCCAUCUCUCUCCAGAUCAUGAAAGACCCCGUAACGGUGGUAACAGGCAUCACUUACGACCGGGAAAGCAUCGAGCAGUGGUUCUUGGCAACCAACGACUUGUCGUGCCCAGUCACAAAGCAGGCCUUGCCAAGAGGCGACGACUUGACGCCCAAUCACACCCUCCGCAGGCUAAUCCAGCAAUGGUGCAAAGAAAACGCAACCAGCGGGGUUGAUUUGAUCCCGACCCCAAGACUCCCUCUCGACAAGAUCUAUCUCACUAGACUAGUUCGGGAUCUUGGGGUUUCUCAUUUGCAGUUAACUGCACUGAAAAAAUUGGAAGCGCUUGUGUUAGAGAACGAUGAAAGGAAGAGGCUCUCCAUGGCCGAAGCAGGUGUUGCCAAGGCAGUGAUUUUGCUCGUCAUAAGAUGUUUCAGGGGAGGUGAAACAAAUGGACUUCUAGAAGCUUUUAGAAUUUUGCAUCAUGUUUGGAAUGUGAGUGGUGAUCAUGAAGUCCAACUUCUUGUUAAUGGAAACACUGACUUUCUUGAUUCUUUGACAUGGGUUUUCAGGUGUGGUCUUGAUCAGAUGGAUAACCAUCGCCUUGUGAAAAACGAAGCGAUACUGGUAUCGAAAAUGACAAUGGAAGUCCUAAGUCCAUGUCUGCUCGAGAGGUUGAACCUUGAAUUCUUCAAGAAUAUUGUCAUGGUGUUAAAAGAAAAAAUUUCACAGAAAGCUGUCAAAUCUGCACUCCACAUUCUAAUAAACGCAUGCCCGUGGGGGAGAAACCGAAUUAAAAUCGUUGAAUCCGGUGCAGUCUUCCAGAUCAUCGAGCUUGAGCUUGCAAAACCUGAAAAGCGUGUAACAGAGCUGAUAUUCAAUCUUUUGGCCAAUUUAUGUGGCUGUGCUGAUGGGAGAGAUCAGCUGCUGAAACACGGUGGAGGUAUGGCCAUGGUGUCUAAAAGAAUACUUAGGGUUUCGCCAGCAACAGAUGAUCGAGCAGUUCAUACACUUUCCUCGAUCGCGAUGUUCUCCGCUACACAUAAUGUUCUUUCAGAGAUGCUGUUGGUUGGAGCAGUGUCAAAACUGUGCAUGGUAAUGCAAUCAGACCGUGAAGCCUAUUUAAAGGAAAAGGUUAGAGGGAUCUUAAGGUUGCACUCUAAUGUGUGGAACAACUCGCCUUGUAUUGCUGUAUAUCUGAUAACAAGGCCUAGGUAGUAGAUAACUGUAUACAUACAUACAUACAUAUAUAUAUAUAUAUAUAUAUAUUCUCAAAAACUUAUUUCAGGACUUUUUGUUGUUUGUUCAUUAAUUUGUAUACAAUUACGAUUUCAAGUCUACAAGUUCUGUUACUUGUGUAUAACUAAUGAGUUUUGUAACUGGCUGUUUUAGAAAUACGAUUUCCAUACAACUUUUAUUUUA